GCCGGGAGGCAGGGGCCAGGCAGGUGUGGACGCUCCGUCCCGACCCCACGCGUGACACCGUGAGGGCCAGACGCCAGCCCCCGCGCCGCCCACCUGUGUCUUUGAGGUUGGGCCCGUUCUCAGACUCUGACCCGAGCCCGGCCGCGCGCCCCGCGCCCUCCUGGGCGGGGUCUCGCAGCUAGUAGGAGGGCGCGUGGGGCAGCCGGGGCUGCGGGAAGGUGGAGAGGGUCUAAAGAAACAGGCAGGGGUGGGCGCCGUCAUGGCGGAGUCCAAGCCGGCGAAGAGAGAGGACGAGCUGGGCCGCCGCCCUGCGCCCUGAGCCUGGGGUCUCCUGUUAAGGGGAGAUCAGGCCCCAGGACGGGGACAGUGAGACCAUCCAGCCUGAGGAGCCGGCAGGACCUACCCUAGCCGCCAGGCACAGUGGUUUCCCUUUUGCCUGCUCCCUAGUGGGCACCAGCACUGGGCUAGGAACGCGUGGUUUCCUCGGUACUCCACGUUACUCACACUUGACACGGAUUAACCCCACCCGCGAGUGGGGAAACUGAGGCACGGGGGCGUUAAGUGACUCAGCAGAGCUAGGGUCAGACCCAGGCCGUCUGAGUCAGGAUCCGCCCAGGCUGCAAGGCGUGCCCCGCUCUUCCCUGCCCCUGGCAAGUGGAGCUCUCACAGGGUGCCAUGUGCAGAGUCCAUGUGCGGGGUCCCAUCGGUGCAGGCAGAGUGGUUUCUGAGCCUUUCUUUCUUUUGCUCUACCUGAAGGUUGGGGCACUGAGCUUCCUCAAUGUCAGCAGGGCCUCGUGGGCCUCUGUGGCCUGGGAAGGGAGGGUCUCAGGCCCUUGUGAACCCAUCCUGGGGGGAGGACUUCAGGGAAGUCCUGUAGAAGCAGGGAGAAUUCUUUGUUUCUCCUGCAUCGGGCCCUUCUUUAUCACUCGGGACGGCAGGGGGUCAGUGUGGGGCACUCUGGUGGCGUUGCUGAAGAUUCUCGCCAGAACUCAGAAAGAGAAAGUCACUGAGGCCUGGGCCACCUCACUGGGUGGUUGGGAGAAUCCACCAGGUUAGAGUAGCUGAAAGGCCACUGCUGGAGAGGGGGCACUGGGGACACACCCCAGGAGGUCAUGUGUUCUCUCCAUCAAGCCCACCUGACAACUAGAGGCCCAAGGGCUCUGGCCAGAGCUGGAGUUGUGGUCAUUGCAGAGGAUGAGUGUGAAGACGACGGGGAGCAGGGGGCCUGCAGCCCUGGUGUGGCGCCCACAGGUCAUGGGGCAAAGCUGGGUGUGUCCCAGGCCCUCCCACAACCGCCCCAGUGCUGGGCCUGCCUUCCGACGCCGCUGCCGGUGUACGGAGCAGCCCCUUAGAUUGUCAAGGCAGCCCCGGCAUCCACCACUCUCGCGUGGGGUCUCGGAGCAGGUGGGAAGGUAGUGCCUUCUGGACGUUUUCUGGAGCCUUUCCGGUAUUGCUGGCUGUAAGCAGCAGGAAGGACCAGCAGGUGGCGCUGAGCUCAUGCGGGUGGUGACUAGGGGACAGCGAGGGCUCAGGACGAGCCGGGAUGCUGGACCCUGCUGCCCCCUGCUGGGGAACAUUUCACCUCCCGCGUCUCAGGGCUUCACCCAUCCAUGCUCUGCUUGUCACCUGCUGGACUGCUCUGGGUGAGGUGCUGUGACCUCCCUGUGGCCGACGCUGGCGGCCUGGCCGGUUGUUCACAGGAGCUGGUGAGCAGGCUGCUGCACCUGCACUUUAAGGAUGACAAGACCAAAGUGAGCGGGGACGCGCUGCAGCUCAUGGCGGAGUUGCUGAAGAUCUUUGUUGUGGAAGCAGCAGUUCGCGGGGUGCGGCAGGCCCAGGCAGAAGACACGCUCCGUGUGGAUGUGGACCAGCUGGAGAAGGUGCUCCCGCAGCUGGUGGGUGAGCGUGGGUCGCGGCGCCAGUGGAGGUGCCCAGCUGGCUGGCCCUAAGCACUUCUCUCCCCCACAGCUCCUGGACUUCUAGGGAUCUCAGCCGUGGCUGAGGCCACCCCCAGAGGAGCCUCUGGUCCACAGAAACAGGCCUUGUGUUUCCAGCGGUCUCUGAUAACAGGCGGGGAAGGACCUGAGGGGUUGAGUUGAUUCAAACAAGAUCCCCAGGUGUCUCCAGCCUGUGCAGAAGGGGCAGGACUGCAGUGCAUUGCUGCCCUCGGAGUGUCCAGUGGGGACACUGGUGUGGGAAGGGGCAGCACCUGGGGAGUCCCUGCCUCUCCUCCCUGGGGCAACAGUGUGCGUACCACCCAGGGUCCUACAGGCAGGUGCUGGGAAAGGCCCGGCCACCAGGUAGCCUGUGUGUUUGACAAACAGCGGCUGGCAGCACCGCCUCCUGCCCACAUUCCUGCCACCCGACAUCAAAGCUGGCGUGUGACCUUUCCAGCCAUGCGAUAUUCCCCUUGGAAGAUGCUUCCCCCGGCUAUAAAUUUGUUCUCACAAAGCAACAUCAAUAAAUCAAAACUGUCUCUCCCA